UAAUAUACUCUGGCUUACACAAGAAAAAAAAAAACUUCCAUUAUACAACAGUACUAGUUUGAACUAUGUCUGACCCGCUUCAUAUAAAAGACGAUACUCUUGUGAGUACUGUACUGCAGCACAUUGGACAGGAAAAAAAUUGGUCGUCUCAAGAUGUUGAAAAAGACCUCGAAGUGCUCAACAGAAACAGACUCUUUUAUAUUCGUGAUUUAAAGUCGUUAUCCGGUGACAGCUGGAACCAAAUCGAGUUAUUGCCGCUGGUAAAAGACCUGCUAAGAAAUGCUAUUGAUCCUUGUUGGCCACCUAAAUGUAAACAUACUAAGCAUAAAAAAGAGCGCAGAAAAAAAGUAUAAAGUUUCCCUUUUUUAUUAAUUUUAUCUUCCGUUUCUUUUUUUUUUUUUUUUUUU